CCUCUCCCUAGGGCUGGGCAGGGUCUGGGCUGCCCCAUGUGGCCACGGAGGUGGGAAAGGGGCGGGCCUUCGGUGGAGGACUAGGUGGGUAGCGAGAAGGGGAGGUGUGCAGGAGGAUCAGGCCCCGCUGCACCUGUAUGGUGAGACCUUGGUACUUAGUUUGGUUCAACAAGUGUUGGUAGGUCUGGGGAGCUGGCUAGCAUGGUGAGGGGCUGGCCUCGGGGAGCUGGGCCCCCGGAUACAGCUACUCCAGGAGCUAAAUCCUGGAGGGUAGGGCAGCCCAAUCCAUGGACACACAGUGAGGAUCCUAAUAAGGAAGGAAGGCUUUUUGGAGGAGACAAAAACCUGGAAGGCCUUGAAUAACAGGGGUGUGGGAGGAAACGGGCUUAGAUAUAUGUCUCCUCCUUCUCUAUGUAGGUUCCUUGAAUUUGGGACUUUUGUGGAGAGUUUCUAACAGUUUCCAAACUUUUUUUGUUCUUUUGGUCCUCCCUUGUCUCCAUGGAGGGUGUCUUGUCAUCCUCAGCUGUGAGCGUCUGCAGUGCUGUAUCCUAGGAUGCAGGGCCUGGGUGGAAAUAAGGGUCUGGGAUGAGUCGGGUAGGGGGGCGCUAUGUUGAUGAGGCUACUUACAUGACCGUCUGUGACUUCUGACCUGGAAUCGGGUGCCUGAAAGUGGGCAGAGUGAGUGUCAGUGACUGACAGGCUGGGAAGAGAAGAAAGGAAAGUGUGUGGGUCUGGGGGAGUGAGCCCAGCACCCAGACGCCUGGGGAGGCAGAAGGCACCUGGUGCCCAAGUGACUGAAGUCUGUUUUCCAGAAUGAUUCUGUUCUGGAUUCUGGGUUGGGGUACGUGGAGUGUCUGGCUGUGCUAGGCCAUGGUUCCAUCUGCGGGGUGACUGUUGACCUCCAGGGCUGCUGAGCCCUUCCCUUCUCUGGUCACCAGCAGGUGCACCAGCCUCUUUGAAGGCAGAGACUCUCAGUGCUUCUGGUGUGGGUUCCAUUUGGAAGGACCCUGAAGAGUGGUCAGUCUAUUCUGGAAUGUGGCAGUGGGGCCAGAAUACUGAGGUGUUUAGUUUUGUUUUGUUUUAGUGAGUUCUAGGCCCAGUGUGGGGCUUGAAGUCACGCCCUGGAGAUCAAGAGUCGCAUGCUCUACUGACCGAGCCAGCUAGGAGCCCCUGAGUUUUUAAAAUCUCAUGUUCAUCACAUUGAUUACAGAUUUUAGAGUCACUUCCUUAAUAUAUAUUUGAGUAGCUCUGUGUCUGACAUGGGGGGAUUCAGGGAUGAGCAAAGGGAACUUCUGUCUUCUUGCAGUUGACCGUGUGUUUGGGGAGACAGGCAGUAAGGAGACAAUUCCGUAAAUAUAUAAAAGUGAGGUGCUGUGAGGACAGAGUUCGGGGAACUGGGUGAAACGGGGGCCUAGGGGGCUACCUCCAGAGGAUCAGUGAAGAAGAAGGGAAGCAAGUUCCAGGGAAAGGGAAUAGCAUGGGCAAAGGUUCAGAGGUGGGACCAGCAUGGGGCCACUUUAUUCCAAAGCCCUGGGGUUUUCUUCUGUUGCGAGUGGGUCCUUGGAUACGGCAGACCGGCCUGUGGGAGUCUGCUCUGGACGGUGGCCAGGCAGGAGACAGCUCCGCUGGACUUGGUGUGGUGUCUGGGUUCAGCCUGGAUUUGUAGCCUGAGGCCUGGGUGAGGAAAGCCCUCCUCUGGAUCCUGAGGUGGGUGGCGCUUAGGAAACCUUUGCUGAGCUUUCUCAGUGCCCUCAGUGCUGGGUAGGGCGGCUGCGUCUUCCUGGAGGUGGUUAGAGUAGUGCUUGGCACACGUGUUUCUACACUCCGGCGCCUUCACAUGGCCAAAGAGCUACGGAGACUCGAGGAUGUUGGUUUUGGGGAGAGGCUGAAGGCUGGGGUGGCCCACCUAGGCAUAGCUCUUCACCUGUGAUGCUGGGUUCGGUGACUGAAUUCGCCAUCCAGUCAGCUAGAGGGGGCGUGAGGGGUGGGACAGAGGUGGCUUCUGGGAGCCCGAGCAUUUCAGCUCCUGGACCUGGGCCCUGGUCUCUGGGAGGCCUUCGUGGCUGCUCCGAGUUCCCUAGCUAUUAAUGUGUGGAUUGAAAGCAGUAGGUAGGAGCAGUUCAGAGAAUGAGUGUGUGCUGCCUGAUUAAUAAAAAAGCGAUGGGUUGGGGAAUAAGAGCAGUUGUCUCAUAGGUACCCGGUGUUCUGAGCUGUCCUCCUGACCCUGCACGUCUUUACAUGGGGCGUCUCUGUCCUGUUGUUGGGGUUCUGUGGCAGAUGCUGUCUACUCAUGGAGCCGGCUGAGCUGGGGUGGACCCAGCUGCCCCAUGUGGCCUGACUGCAGGAACCCUCUGGCCUUCAUACCCUCGUCCCAGGAUUCGGGGUUUGCUGUGUUUGCAGUGGGCUUGGAUCACUUUGGAAAGAACCCUGUUUAAGUCUUAAGCGCUGAUGGGUCCAAUGCUGGGUGGCGGGCUCAUUCUUAAGCUUUCACUCAAAAAGGAGCCUCAGAAACCGACUUUGUCAAAACUGUGACCCUGUCCUGCCCUUGGGCCUCCAGCGGGCACCUGGGAGGGAGGAGUGGCCCCUGGGCCCGUAGUCUCCUGUCCAUCAGGUCUACAGCCCUUGGCUGUGGGCCUUGCGGCAGCUUGGCUGUCUCUGCCUAGCACCUGGGCUGAGCCAGCUGUGACGGUGGCGUGAGUAGGAUUCUCUCCUGGGAUUCUCUGAUCCUUUAAACUUGUAGAGUUGUCACAGGGCAUUUUAGAUCAUCUUUGCCGGUCCAGCGAUGAACCGGAUCUCCGUGAUCUGUUGAACUUUUUCUAGAUGCCCUGGAUGGAGUGAGGGGCAAGGGAGAUGCAGAGGGUAACACACACUCAGGACCUCUUGUGUGCCGCCUCUGGCAGGAGGGAGCCUGACCUGCUGGCCUUCCCGGCAGUGGUGAAUGAGCCCGCUGGUCUCAUUGCACCCCUGCUCAGGCCUCUCCUCUCACACCCCUGCCGGCACAGUGUGGGUGCUGAGAGCUGGGCCGCGCCGAGGCUCUCCUCCGGGGAAGAUGGCAGCCCUGCGAACCACUCCAGGCUCACCAGCCACGCAGCUGGCGAAGGUGGAGGAUGGGUUGGAAUGUGGUCCUGCUCAGGAGGAAGAAGAGGAAGAAGACCAGGGGGAAGAGGUGGAGAUAGAGGAGGAGGAAGAGAUAGUAGUGGAAGAAGGCGAGGACAAGCAGGUGGUGGAGGACGAGGAGGAAGGGGGGCGGGCAGGGCACGUGGAUCAGGUGGAGGUGGAGUUGGAGGAGGACGAGGACGUGGAGGAGGUGACAGCAGAGGAGCAGAGUCUGACCUUGGGGACCCAGGAGCGCUGUAGCCGUGCUGCUGAUGCCAAGUCCCCAGUUCUCCAGGGAAAGGCCUUGCAGGCCGCCCGGGUUCUGGCCACGCCUAGGGAUGAGGACCUGGAGGAGGAGGAAGAGGAGGAGGAGGAGGAGGAGGAGGAAGAGGAGGAGGAAGAGGAGGAAGAUGAUGAUGAUUCCCUGACAGCUGGAUCUCAGGGGCUGGUGACCUUUGAAGAUGUGGCUGUGUACUUCUCAUUGGAGGAAUGGGAAAGGCUGGACGCAGACCAGCGGGACCUUUACAAGGACGUCAUGCAGGAAAACUAUGGGAUCCUGGUGUCCUUGGGCUACCCAAUCCCCAAGCCGGAUCUGAUCUUCCGGCUGGAGCAAGGGGAGGAGCCCUGGGUCCCAGAUAGCCCCCGUCCUGACGAAGGAGACAUUGUCACUGGCGUCUACACAGGGGCCUGGUUCUGGACGGACGACCUAGACGACCACGAGGAGGAGGACGACGAGGACUUCCUGGCGGAGGUGGCCGAGGAAGAGAACGAGCCCCCGGGGCUCUGGUCAGCGGCCUACGGCGUGGGGGACGUUCCUGGGACCUGGGGCCCCGAUGACUCGGAUUCAGCGCAGACCCCGGAGGGGUGGGGUCCCGACCCCGGAAGCCUCGGGGUCCUGGCCGAGGGGUCCGAGGCAAAGCCCUUCCUGCCGGGCCAGGAGCCUGGCGCGAACCUGCUGGCGCCCUGGGCGUUCCCUGCCACUGUGGCUGCUCCGGCCGGGCGGCCCGAGACCACGUGCGACGUGUGCGGAAAAGUGUUCCCGCACCGGUCCCGGCUGGCCAAGCACCAGCGCUACCACGCGGCCGUCAAGCCCUUCGGCUGCGACGAGUGCGGCAAGGGCUUCGUGUACCGCUCACACCUGGCCAUCCACCAGCGCACGCACACCGGAGAGAAGCCCUUCCCGUGCCCGGACUGCGGCAAGCGCUUCGUCUACAAGUCGCACCUCGUCACGCACCGGCGCAUCCACACGGGCGAGCGGCCCUACCGCUGCGCCUUCUGCGGGGCGGGCUUCGGGCGCCGCUCCUACCUGGUCACGCACCAGCGCACGCACACGGGCGAGCGGCCCUAUCCGUGCCCGCACUGUGGCCGCAGCUUCAGCCAGAGCUCGGCGCUCGCGCGGCACCAGGCCGUGCACACGGUGUUUGUUGAAGUGCCCUGGGACUGGCAGGGGGCCAUUGUGCCAGCAGGGAUGCAUCUGAGAGGGACGUUGGUAGGGGAUGACGUCCGAGGGGUAGCCAGAGCCCAGACGAUGUCUUACAGGACAAGGUAA